AUGCCGCAGACCGAGGCCCUGAAGGUCCGCCUGACCCUCCUCUGCGUGCUGGCGGGCAUCGUGCUGGCGCUGGUGGCCGUGGUGACCGACCACUGGGCCGUGCUGAGCCCCCGCGUGGAGCACCGCAACGCCAGCUGCCAGGCGGCACACUUCGGCCUCUGGCGGAUUUGCACCAAGCGGAUCGUCCCGGGCGACGGCAGGGACAGGAGCUGCGGACCCAUCACCCUGCCUGGGGAGAAAAACUGUUCCUACUUCAGGCAUUUUAACCCAGGCGAGAGCUCGGAGAUCUUCGAAGUUACCACUCAGAAAGAGUAUAGCAUCUCGGCCGCAGCCAUUGCCAUCUUCAGCCUGGGCUUCGUCAUCGUGGGAACCGUCUGCGUGCUCCUGUCCUUCGGGAAGAAGCGGGAUUACCUGCUGAGGCCGGCAUCCAUGUUCUUCGCCUUUGCGGGUCUCUGCAUCUUCGUCUCGGUGGAGGUCACACGGCAGUCGGUGAAGCGCAUGAUCGACAGCGAGGACACCGUCUGGAUCAAGUACUAUUACUCCUGGUCCUUCGCCUGCGCCUGCGCGGCCUUCGUCCUGCUCUUCCUCGGCGGCCUUGCCCUCCUGCUCUUCUCCCUGCCGCGGAUGCCCCAGAACCCCUGGGAGUCCUGCAUGGACGCCGAGCCCGAGCACUAG